AGAGUUUAAUCUUUGUUUAAAAAUGUGUUUUAUAUUCAGGCUUUUGGUUUAAAUUAACUGAAGGGGCAAGUUUUACACAUUGUUAAGAGACUGUGUUAUCUCUUGUCAGGUCUCCAGUGUGGGCGUCGCUCAGUUCCAGCUCUCCACAAGGGAUGUCGCUCCGCCUCGGGUCCCUUCCGGCUUUCCCCGAUUAAUUGCAUUAUGUAGCGUCUAUAGGAGUCAUGUGACAUAAGAACGAAUGGUUCGGAGUUGAGGAGUCAAAAGAUAAACGACUCGAUACAUUUCCAAAGAUUUCCACUUCUACUGCCGCAAGUUUUUGGGACACAGUGGUGAGACAUGGGAGGACCACUUCCUCCGGCGAUGGGCGGACCACUUCCUACGCAUUUUUCCCCCUUUUGCAACCCCGUAAACAAGUCCCAGCGACAGGGGUCGUUCCUUCCGUCUCCGAUCAGAGAUUCUCCCUUCGCAGUUUCAAAUACUCUUCCGAAGGCAUACGGACCGCCACUGAUGGGUGGACCAUUUUGUCCAACGGUGGGCGGACCACUUCCUCCGCCGGUAAACAAGUCCCAGCGACAGGGGUCGUUCCUCCCGUCUCCGAUCAGAGAUUCUCCCGUCGCAGGUUCAAAUACUCUUCCGAAGGCAGGCGGACCACUUCUUCUGCCGGUGGGCGGACCACUUCUUCCGCCGGUGGGCGGACCACUUCUUCCGCCGGUGGGCGGACCACUUCUUCCGCCGGUGGGCGGACCACUUCCUCCACUGGAACAUGCCUGCUCCUGGAUAGACAUGGCCGUUCCUCUGACUUCAGACAUCCACUGCCGUUUCAACCAGACAUAUCCGGUCCUCGCACCUCAUCUCCUCACACAGGACGGUUCUGUAAUUAUAUGGAUGGGCGGACCAUUUCCCCCGCCGAUGGGCGGACCACUUCCUCUGCCGAUGCCGCCUACGAACAGCCAUUACCAACUUAUGAUUCCUCCCGGGUUCAAAUGCUCGUCCGAAUGCAUACAGACUUCCUCUGCCAAUGCCGCCUCUGACUUGCCAUUACCAACCCAUGAUUCCUCCCUGGUUCGAUUGCUCUUUCGAAGGCAUAUGGACUUCGGCCAGUGGGCGGACCACUUCCUCCGCCAAUGGGCGGACCACUUCUUCUGCCGGUGGCCGGACCACUUCCUCCGCCGACAUAUCCGGUCCUCGCACCUCAUCUCCUCACACAGGACGGUUCUGUAAUUAUAUGGAUGGGCGGACCACUUCCUCCGCCGAUGGGCGGACCACUUCCUCUGCCGAUGCCGCCUACGAACAGCUUUUACCAACUUAUGAUUCCUCCCUGGUUCGAUUGCUCUUUCGAAGGCAUAUGGAUUCCGGCCGGUGGGCGGGCCACUUCCUCGGCCAGUGGGAGGACCACUUCCUUGGCCGAUGGGUGGACCACUUCCUCGGCCGACGCCGCCUCUUCUACAGACCUACUUUUCCUCUGUGCCCAUAUGGACCCGUCCCUCCUCGACCUUUCUGUAAAGUGUUCUGAUUUGCAUCAUUGUUCAGGAAAAGUUCUUAAGAGUAUUAAAGUUUUGUUUCAGA